AUGAUUCCCCAAUCCGUCCGACGGGUCGUGGCUGCCGCGCCGCAGUCGCCCGUCGUUUCCUCUCUGGCAGCCUCGUCCGCCCCUCGCGCCGGCGCCUCCUAUAUGCUCUCGUCCUACCAGCCCAAUUCCCUGCAAAAGCGACGAUACUCCUCCUCCAAGCCAUCUAGCCCCGAUGAUGGCUCGUCCAGGGUCUUCGCGACCCGCGGCUCUGUGCCCGCCGCCGGCACGUCCAAGACUCCUGGAGAGAAGCGCAAGCGCAAGGCGAAGGAACCGGUCAUGCCGCCGCUCCCCAGUGUGCCCAGCACCAGGCACAUCAAGGACGAGGCUCUCGCGCUUUCGACCUUCUUCGCCCUCCACAGGCCCAUCUCAGUUACCCAGCUUCUUCCCAAGAUUGUGACCGAGGAGUCAUUCGCCGAGAUCUUCAACCACCGCAAGGGACACAAGGCGACCGAUGUCCUCUCGACCUUGUCGCAGGCCGUACACGAUCUCGAGUCGCCCAUGUCCGGGCUUAAGCUCUCGGAUAACGACAUCGAAGACGGCUCUACCAAGAUCAGCCUCAAGCACCCAGACGGCACCGAAUCCGAUGUCUACUUCCAGCUAAACUCCAUGUCCGGCCACUUCCUCCCCUUCACCCCUCCUCCGCCGCCCGAGCCGAUCGCCGAGGUUGACGAGGCCGCCGCUGAGGCCGAGGUCUCUGCCGCUAUCGCCGAGGAGAUUGCCGCCGAGCAUGAGCCGGAAACGCGCGUGUAUAAGGCGGUUGUCACGAUCGAGGAGACGAGGGAUACCAACGGCCAGUACAAGAUCAUGGCGCACAGCCCACAACUCGUCGAGGACGAUGCCGUGCAGCCGCGCAGCUUCCUGGAGCGCCUCGCUCUGCGCCAGAUCCGCUACGAGGAUGCCCGUCAGCAGCAGGGGAUCAUGCACGCCAUUAGCGUGCGCAGGCAAAAGAAGCUGAAGAUCAAGAAGAAGAAGUACAAGAAGCUCAUGCGCAGGACAAGAAACGAGCGUCGCAAGCAGGAUAGACUCUAA